AUGCCCAAUCGCCCAAUAAUAAUCCCUACAAAGGACUUGGUCUGGCUUACAACUCCUUCCUGCUUACACUGCAACCCGCGUCAAGUUUUCCGAGUCUUUUGGGCUCGUCUGUAUCUAAGGUUCAUGCCUAAGUUUCGGGCACCCUAUACGCGACAUCUUCAUUCGGAUCGCUCGACGAGAAUUCGCCCGCAGAGCUCCGCGUCACCCACAGCGGGUUCGUCGCCCUCAGCAACCGAUGGUUCAAUUUCGCUACCUAAUUGCCUCUUGUUCUGGGAUAAGCUGAACAAGUCCAACUAUCACCUCGAGCUUUCUAUCGAGAAUGCAGACCUGCCUGUCGAUGAUCGCCUGGUCAACUUUCUUGCGAAAGACCUCAGUAGCGAUGGCGGUCAAUGGGACAUGGCUGUCAACUUACUUGAGACAUGUGGUCUCGUCCCUCAGCCAAUUUACCCUCGAGAUUAUCAACACCCUUCUGAAGUUGAAGCUCCGAGAGCAUGCUCUGACUCUUCGCGCGCUCUCUUCAUCGCUGAAGGCCGAUCACAGCGUCUCGCCGGAAUCGGUUCUCUCGAGAGGAAGGAAGAGCUUAUGCAAGAAGUUUAUACCAUUAUGAGUGCAAGUCUAGGCGUUCCUCCCAAGCCCGACGCUACCUUCACCUGGGAGUACUACACUGAAGAUGGCAAGUAUGCGAAGUGGGAGGGUACUCCGCAGUUCUAUGAGGCCUUCACAGCCAUUUUUGUAUGUUCCUUCAUAUAUGCACAUGGUAAUUCGACUCCAAUCGCGGCAAGCCGGUGGCGAGAACGAUGCGCAUGUGGCACCUCCAAUGUUAUAGUAUUUUUCUAA